UGUAGGCCUACCUCUGCCAAGAGGCUAAAAUAUUUUGUAUUCCAUUCAUAUAUACUUUAUUUUACAAAGUGAAGUGAUAACGGCUCUAUCGGCGUGUUUUUAUUUGUCCAGUGAAAUGAGUUGCCCUUUGACCUUCCUUUAAAACAUUCGCCCUUUGCGCUACAUGGUUACGCUGGACAAUAGUAGUUGCAAGACAAUUCAAAGGGGUCGGCAAAUGACUGCUGGAACUGUCUGCAUAGUGGGACUGCUGCACGCAAAUGCAUCGUGGAAGUAGCCAUUAGCAUACCAGCUAGUCACCAAACUCGCGUUUGUGCAUGUGGAGGAAGUAGGUGUGCGCUUCCUAACGUUUUGUUCAGCGCACGUUGCUGGACCUGAGAUUGAAGAGAGCGGACGGCCUCCUGUGCGUUUGGGUUGUGACCGUUUUUUUGACUGACUGACAACAACCUGAGGAUUGCCCGUACAUGUGCCUAGAUUUGCUGCCAAUAAAGAAAAAGCUGCCAUGGAUCCGGUCCAACCAACCACAGUACCAGAGGGGUUCCGCUACGAGACUCGCUACGUUGUCCUCAGUUACCUUGGCCUGCCACCUGCCCUACGACCGUCAGCAACGCGACCCACCUCUGCAGAAGGUGGUGAUUUGCAAGAGGAGCAAAGAGAGAGAAACCGAAGAAUAAAGUCAGAGAUCGACUCCGAGUUGAAACUACUGGAGGAGGAGAUUGCAGCCUCGUCCUCCACGACUGGCUUUGACCGCCUGUCCUCCCCGGUGUUCAGCCCUGCCCAGGGAGACAGUUCUGUGGAGGACAGUCUGGCCGUGCUGGGGGACCGUGUGGCCCAGGACCUGGAUCCGUACCUGGCCAACGCCGCCCACACACUCCUCAGUGGUUCACUAGACUACGAGAGCUUUAGGAAUGCUGUUCAGGACGUGUGCUCCCACACACAGGAGGGCUGGAACCAGGUGUUGGUGCCUUUAGUGUUGCUGCAGCGGUUACAGGAUGAGGGCGAGUCUGUUGCCACAGUGCUCUCUUUAGGGAUGCGCUUCCUGGAGGAUGCACAGGCCGACUUCAUCAUCCAGCAAGGAGGAUGGGGUGCUGUGUUUAGCUUGGAGGAAGCAGAGGACACUGGUGUGAUCAUCGCCGAGGACAGCAACGACAUCUACAUCCUGUCGGGCGAACAGCUCCCCCCUGACCACCUCAGUCCGCCGGCAUCGCUCCUGGCAACAGCUGACAGCAGUGGUCCCGCCUCGUGGCAGACAGAGAGCUUGGCCGCGUCGCUAGUGUCGGGACACGAGUCGUGGGCACAGGUGGGCAUAAUGGAUCCUGAGGAUGCUAAGAGCCUGGACAGCAACGAGGGGGUGGUAGCCCUGGCAGAGGAGCGCAGCGAAAACAACUCCUCUAACUCGGACAUCGUCCACGUGGAGCGUGAGGAGGCGGAGCUUCUGGCCGAGGGGGAGGAGCUCCAGGAGAGCAUGAUGAGCGUGCUGGGUACGGAGAGCGAGCUGGCAGAGCUCAGGGCCGAGCAGAAGCAGGAAGAGGAUGGAGCCGCCGCUGUUGCCGCUGCCGCCGCCGCCACCCCACUAAGUCACACGGCGCUUCUCCCAGACGCCCCGCAGCCGCUGCUGGUGCUGGAGGAGCCCGUGGUCUUGGAGGCGCCCGCCAGCUUGGAGGCAGUGCCCUCACUUCCAGUGUCAGCCGCCACGGAGGCACCGCCAGAACCUGUCCCUGAAUCUAAACCGGAGCCCCCUGCCCCUGUCUCUGCCCCGGCCCCCGAGCCUCCACUAGAAGCCCCCAGUGCGGCCCCUGUGGUAGAGUCCCCUCGCCCCCCAUCUCCUGUUGCCCCUCCUGCCCCUGUCCCUGCCCCAGAGCCCCAGCCUGAGCCAGCAUUAGAGCCAGUACCAGAACCAGUACCAGAACCAGUAGUGGAGCCCGUGGUGAUACCAGAGCCUGUGCCCGUACAAGAGGCACAGCCCGAGGUCGCCCCAGAGGUACCAGAGCCCACACCGGCAGAAGUGGCAGCUGCACCGGUCCUGGAGUCCCCAGUUCCUCCACCGGUUGAAGUUCUGGUCCAGACACAAGCUGCAGAACCAACAGGCGAGCCGGAACCAGAGCCAGAGCCUGAACCCAAGCCAGAGUCAUCGGAGCUGCCUGUCCUGCUGUAUGGCGGCGCCGCCCUGGUGCUCAUGGCAGCAAUUGCAGCCUAUGGAGUGCUGGCCUAUAGGAAGAAGUAGCACAAAUCACUCCAGCCCCUGCCCUCCUGCUAUCAGCCUGCUCUCACCAAUCCACCCCAGCCUACCCCUCCCUACCGGACCCACCGAGAUCUCGGCUCGGAAACCUGGCGGCUCUGGUGCUCCGAAGCACCGGGCUCCGUCUGAAAUGUGCCCUCUUGCCACGCUGGGACUGUCUCACCUCCGCCUACCUCCCGUACUGUUACUCUCCAGUCUCCAGUCAGGCCUGAUGUGUCUCAUUUGCCACAGUCUCGUGAGGUGUAGAGUGUAUGGUUUAUGAUUUGUUGUAGAAAACUGACACUUCGUCACUCCUGUCCAGUUGGAAGAGAACAUUUCUUGUUUGCCUCCUCUGGGUUUAUUUAUGUCAUCAUGUGACCGCUGUUGUUGUUGUGGCUAUUCACGUGUGUGUGUGUGUGUGUGUGUGGGGGGUGUUUCUGUGUAUGUGUGUAUAUCUCAUCAUAGCUCCUAUGACAUCGGGAGGGGGGCAGUCUAGCAUCAUGUGGACCCCAACAGGAGUGAUGCUUUCAGUUAUUAUCUUUUCUCUCUUUCUUUUCAUCUGUUUUCCCUCAUGCACUUGUAAUUAGUUUCUGUAGUCAGGCCGCUCUGGUCCUUCCACAUUCACUUGUUCAGUCGGACCAGACAGACUGAGGAGGAUCUAGAAGAGAAUGUAGAAAUCACCUCAAAUUCACUGAGGCCGCCAACUUCUCAGUUUCAUUUUAUUGGGGAACCCUUCAAACAAUGCUCCCCAGAGGGAAAAGUUGAGCCAUCUGUUUUAAAUGGAGAACAGAGACAUACGAGAGGAGUGUAGCAACCAAAUUUCUUUCAAUUGAGCCUUUUUCUCCCAUCAAUAGUUUAGUGAAUGGCAAAAAAAUGUGCUGUUUUGCAUGGGCCUGUACACUCAAAUAGAGGCAUCACUUGAAGUUCUUUAAAGAACCACAUGUGCCUAUUUCCCACUGACACCGUCAGUGUUUGUUUUUAUUCAUCUCACUCUUAACAUGUGAUGAAAUGGAGAAUGACUACUACAGGGCUCUGACUCCGUACACUGACGAGCCACAAAGAUGCAUCACUCUGACCCAAUAUAAUGGAUGUGUCGUUUGUUUGUUUGUUUGUUUGUUUGUUUGUUUGUUUGUUUGUUUGUUUGUUUGUUUUUUGUUUUAAACUGCAGAUUUGAGUCAUCCUGAAAUAUGAAAAUAACUUUGGUAGAAAGGGAGAUGUUAGUCUUUUAGUUCAUGGGAAUGGGCUGAUACAAGUUCAUAAACAACACCAUCCCCAGCCGUUUUGAGACGAGGCAGAACUGGGCCCAACCUCAAGUCCCUAAAUGACUCAUGCACAGAUACGAUCAGAUGGUUUGACGUACAUCUGCCAUCUUGUGCAACCACUCUGUCCCCGUGACAUCUGAAGUGCUGUUGGCUAAUUAAGCAGAGCUUUAAACUUCAGCGUCUUCAGGGUCAAUCCAUAGAUGCCAUGGUGUCCAGUGAGUCUGCAGCUAUUGCCAUGUCCUACACAUUCCUAGAUGGAGAUUAUGCGAGGAGGAUGGAGAGGGAUUGUACCCUGUGAAUGUGCUUGCAGUCCCUGCACAGCUGUGACGACCCCCUUCAAAUGUAGAUAGGCGGUCCCUGCACGGUUGUGAGGACCUCCUUCAAAUGUAGAUAGUCAGUUCUAGGUCUGUUGUAGUUAGUAGGAAAUGUUGAGACAAGACUUCACCAUUCAUCUGAGUGAGAGAAACUAACUGAAAAAGGAUAUCAAAAUAAGGCUCUGGUUCCUCAAACUGUAGGGUUACCUCAGCUCAGUGAUCUGAAGUUAGAGGAAUCAUUAGACACUGACUUGACCUGGUGUCUUGUCACAGGAACUUGCUUUUCCAUUACUUUUCUGCAGUUGUACCUUUCUUUUUCAGAUUGUCUGAGGUUUAUGAUGAGCUGAGGUUAAGAAUAUGGAUAGUUUUGCUGAUGUUUUUUUUUUUCUCCCUUCAUUAAAACUGUGCUGGAAACCCUUGCAUUGCUUUAUUCAUCAGAUUUAAUGCCAGUAUACCUUUGAACACUGUGGUGUGCAUGUGUGUUUGCACAGAGGUGCAAAAAAAUGUGUGGUUGUUUAAGGAAGUUUUGUUGAGAGCACCUCCUCUGUUGAAGUCCUAGGUUUCAGAACAUUUAACACAUGCACACACACACGUACACUGAGACAUCUGUUAGCUACCAGCCCUGGCCUGUUUGGUCUUUACCUCUGUGAUCUGCAGCUCCUCUGCUCUACUCACUGCUGGGCUUUCAGACUUACAAAUUUACCGUUGACGGUCUGCCUCUGUCCUGCUGAUCACUCUCCGCACCUGAUCACCCCCUCAGGCCCUUGUCGAGCUGGUGCCCGCCCAACCUCUGUGUGCCUACCUUUCAAACACACUCUACCCAUGCUGUGUCCUCUACGUGCCUACCUUUCAAACCCUUUUACCCAUGGUGUGCCUACCUGUCAACAAACUCAGCUGAAUUACUGUGACCGCAGCAGCAUGUGCAUUGCAGCAUUUAAAAAUAUGAAAGAUGCAAUAACUGGAAUGCAACCUAAAUGGGGUAGCUGGUGAUUUUGAUAGGUAGUUAGAAUCUCCUGUGUAACUUCCAGGAGAAAGGCAUUUGUGAAGUCUGGCACAAACAAUCAGCAACAUUAACACACAGGCUUUCCUACUCUGGUGAAUGUCAAAAAAUAGGUUUAGGAAGCCUAGAAAGCAAUGACCGACAAAAUGUUCCAUUUCUAAAUCAACUGCUAUCUGGUGUGUCAAAUAAGCUAGACAUGUGGCAGUAUGGGGGUAGAUUUCAUAUUAUUUUCCAAUCACACCUGUCUUCUGUGCCCAAUCAUUUGUUACAUAUGAGGAAGUGUACUCAUGAUUGCAAUACCGUGCAUCAGUUUUGAUUACAGGAACGAGAUAAAAAGAGUGACUACUUUAAAUGUCAGGCCCGACAGCCAGACUACACCAGAAGCACAACUGAAGUGUUUUUUUUUUUUUACUUAAAAAGACUGGUCUCAUUUCUUUUUGUGCUGAGCUCUCACAUCUGAUGCAGCCAGUUCCAUUUGUAAUAGUGAAAGCUAAUUGUUGUGGCACACACUCUGCGAACAGCACGUUUCAGUUGCACACCUGGUGUAGCCCCCAUUGUAUGUAUCAUAGUGUUUGUAUUAUAAAAAGGUAAUUUUAAAAGGUUUGAGUAGAAACACACACACACACAUUCAAAUCUUUAGCUGACGGGUACUUGUUAACAAACCUACUAGUGACAGAAUGGUACACACACACACACCACACACACUCCCUGCACGUGUAGGACUGCUGCUGGAGGGCUCUGGUGUCUUGGUUCCAGUGAAAGAGGAAGUGCACUGAACCGUGAUACUGUGGUGCACAGCAGCCAAUCAGCAUAUUCACAUUGUUUCUUUGGAAACAGUUUUACUGUAAAUUUGGAUGUACAAUAUGUUUCCUACUGUACAGUAUGUGCGUCUGUGUGGUUUGAAACAAAAAGUAAAAAAUAAAGGAAAAAACUGUA